AGCACUUUCAAUUACAUUUGAGCCGUGCUAUCCAAAAUCACUAGGUAGAACGGGGUGGUGCCUGCCUUGUAAAUCUUGUCAGUCAACAUGAGCUUAUUCCCGAAAAAGAAAGAACGUACUUACACCUUUUGUGUGCGCUUUGGUUCCGAAUUUCACCGUAGUUGAAUAGCUAUUUUAUUCCGUCCCUCCACUGCAUGGAGUCAAGGGUUGCUCUGAGAAGCAGGAUCCGUUGGCUUUGAAAGCACGCUGGUUUUUCUCUGCUCACUUUGGAGAGCUUAAUGGGCCAUAGUAGCCAAAAUAUCUAAAUCACCCUGCGCAUCUUGGUUGAUACUUUUGACAUGCUCUUACUUGCAAAUUGGUAUUAGAUUUUAUUUAUUUAUUCAUGAAUUGUUUUUAUUGAAUUCCUCUCGUGUUGUAAGUUGCUACAAUGGCUGGACUUAGGCUUUCAAUGCUAAAAAAUUCGCUCUGUAUUUCCAUUAACUCCCUUUCAUGGCAAUCACUUCAGUUUUGUAAUGUUCAUGGAAGUACUCUAAGAUCAGCAUAUGCUAUCAUAAAUCGUGGUUAUUACAAAGAUGAAUCAAGAUUGGCUGGAAAUCUGACAAAUUUUAAAGUUGUGAGAUCUGACACUUGUGUCAAUAGCCAAUCUUAUAGGAUUGAACCCGUGAGAGGAUUUUCGUCAACUUCAUCGAAUGUGUUGUUUCGAAGUGCUGUUCCUUUCAUUUCAAUGAGACCCGAGCUGAGCUAUCGAUCAUUCUCUUGGUCAUCUGGUGCCAAAGUUGAUAAACCUGUCGGUAAUGAAGUUCCAGCUUCAUCCGGUGGAAAUGAUGUGGAUGUUAGUAACAGUGGUGCUAUUGUAAGUGACUGGAUUAAUAAGGUUAAAGAAGCUUGGCAAAGUACAGUGGAUGCAGUAACUUAUUCUGGCCAAAAGGCUAUAGAGACAUCCGAUGAACUGACCCCAUAUGCUCAGCAGUUGCUUGAUUCACAUCCGUAUCUUAAAAAUGUUGUUGUUCCAGUUGGUUCGACUUUGACUGGUACCGUAGUGGCUUGGGUGGUGAUGCCUAGACUUUUGAGGCGAUUUCACAAGUAUUCAUUGCAAACUCCUGCUGCUUUGCUAUCUGGAGGCAUAUCUGGGGAGCAAAUUCCAUAUGAGAAAAGCAUAUUGGGUGCUUUGGAAGAUCCUUUGAGAUAUUUAAUCACCUUCAUGGCAUUUUCUCAAAUUGCUGUGAUGGUGGCACCUACUACGAUUGCUUCUCAAUAUAUAGCACAAGUAUGGAGGGGUGCUGCUAUUCUUUCUUUUGUAUGGUUUCUGCAUCGGUGGAAGACAAAUGUGUUUAAUCGUGUGAUAGCUUCAGCAACGGUAGAUCAGGAAAAGCUGUUAACUCUUGAUAGAGUUUCUUCUGUUGGUCUUUUUGUUAUUGGACUGAUGGCUUUAGCUGAGGCUUGUGGGGUAGCAGUGCAAUCUUUUCUGACUGUGGGUGGCAUUGGAGGAGUUGCUACUGCUUUUGCUGCCAAAGAUGUCCUUGGGAAUGUUCUCAGUGGGUUGUCUAUGCAAUUUUCAAAGCCCUUUUCACUUGGAGAUACAAUAAAGGCUGGGUCUAUAGAAGGUCAAGUGGUUGAAAUGGGACUUACAACCACUUCCUUACUGAAUGUUGAGCAAUUCCCUGUACUCGUUCCAAAUUCUUUGUUUUCCAGUCAGGUAAUUGUGAACAAGUCUCGUGCCCAAUGGCGUGCAGUUGUCUCCAAAAUUCCUGUGAUAGUUGAUGACAUGGAGAAGAUACCCCAGAUAUCAAAUGACAUCAAGAGCAUGCUAAAUUCAAACCCAAACGUUUUCUUGGGAAAGGAGGCUCCUUACUGUUACUUAUCUAGAAUAGAAAGUUCAUUUGCCGAACUGACUCUUGGUUGCAAUCUCAAGCAAAUGAGCAAAGAUGAAUUAUACACUACGGAGGAAGACAUUCUUCUGCAGUCAGUCAGGAUAAUAAAGGAGCGUGGUGCUAAAUUAAGCAGCACAUGGCAGGACAGUACCGGUCAGUGAUACAGUGACAAUGCUGAUAAAUGAGGUUCCGUAUGAUGGAGCUCGGACCCUUCUCUUCAUACACUGAACUUUAACAUCAUACUGCGCAGAAAUGUGAAGUGAAAAUGGGUCUGUCCACAGUAUCAGUUUCAUCAUGAUUUUGAUUCCUGUGUUGUUUUGGUCCAUAUGUAAAGAAGAAAAGAAAAGAUAUCAUUUGUAAAGGUUGACAGGAUGCUAACUCAAGUUGACAGAAAAACAGGUUUUUAACUUUCUUGACCAA